UUUGCAUUUAUACGGCAGUUGUGUUAACAUCAUCAAACAUUAUGUUUUGAUAUUUUGAGAAACAUUACCUUUCAAAAAAUGGGUAAAACAAAAGAUUUAAGUUCAGAUGAAGAGAUAAUUUUAGGAACUAAUGAAUUAUUGUCGCAAAAACGGCAUAAGAAACAUAAACAUAAAAAACAUAAAAAGAAAAGAAUUAGUCAUGAUGAUAAUGAUGGUUUUAAUGAUGUUACUGCAGAAACAGAAAAAAAGAAAACAUUUAGAGUUAAAAUUAAAAAGGAUGACGAUAAGAGUUUAGAGAAACCUCGUGAGAAAAUGCAAAAAACAUCUAAUCUUAGCAUCGCAAGUGCAAGUACUACACUAUCACCAAAAGUUGCAACAAAGAAAAAAGUUCCAAAAGGUAACAAAAGUAAAGAUAGUGGUACUAGCAGUGAAGAAGAACGAUGGCUUGAUGCAAUUGAGUCUGGGAAACUUGAAGAAGUUGAUGAUGAGCUAAAAAAGAUCAAACCAAAAGAUCCAAAGUUAAUGACAGCACGUCAAAGAGCCAUGUUUGAAAGAAAAACUGACACAGAACCAAAUCCAGCUGUUGAACAACUUAUGUCUUUGCCAACUGGUUACAAAGAGAAAGUGAUGACAGCUGAAGCUAUACAAAAAGCUGCUCUUAAAUCAUUGAAAAGAAAACAACUUGCUGAUGAAAAAAGAGAAAAAGAUAAAAAAAAGACAAUGGAAAGGUUAUUAAAAAAACAAGAAUCUAAAGCUUCUAAAGUUAUUAGUAAAGGAAAACCUUCUAGAAGACAAGUUCCAUUGGUUGUUUAUCAUUUAACAGUUGAAGGAAGUUCAAUAUCUUUACCGCCUGGAGAAGAUUUUCCAUUACAGGCUAUGAAAGAGAAAGAGCCAUCAAUACGAACACUCUGUGGCGUAAAUCAAUGUAAAAAUCCAAAAAAGUAUUCUUGUUCAAAAACUGGUGUACCAUUAUGUAGUUUAGAAUGUUACAAAGUUAAUUUAGCUCUAUCUAUAUAAUAUGUAUAUUAGUUAUAUAUAUAUGUACAUUAGUUAUUUCAACAUUUUUUGCUUUUCUAUAGUCAUAAAUAUUAAAUGUAUUUUUUAUUAAGAACUCCAAAUACUUGGUCUUGCAAAGUUAA